AUGAAGGUGGUGCUCCUGACUGCUGCUCUUCUUGCUUUGGUCUCUAUGUCCUGGGUCCAGGCAGUGUGGCUGGGAAGGCUGGAUCCUAAUCAGCUCCUUGGGCCCUGGUACAUCCUGGCAAUGGCAUCCCGUGCGAAGAACUUCAUGGUGGAGAAGGACAUGAAGAAUGUGGAAGGUGUCAUGGUGACUCUCACUCCAGAUAACAAGUUGAGAGUUCAGUCCUCUCGGCAUGGGCCAGAUGGGUGUCGUCAGAACACUGUGGAGCUGCUGAAGCGAGAGUCCCGAUGGGUGUUUGAGAACCCCUCUCUCGGUGUACUGGACUACCGGGUACUGGGCACUAACUUCAAGGACUAUGCUGUCAUCUUCACACAGUUGGAGUUUGGGGAUGAGGCCUUCAACACAGUGGAGCUGUACAGUCGGACAGAGAUGGCUAGCCAUAAGGCCAUGCAGCUGUUCACCAAAUGGAGCCAGGGUCUGGGCUUCAAGUCCCAUCAGCAGGCCCAGCUGCAGAAGGACCUCACAUGUGCACACAAGAUCUUCCAGCAGCACAACGUCCUGGUGUCCUGGUGGAGGUGGACAGGCACUGUCUUUGCUCAGUGGCUGGUGGUGCUGGUGUUCUCCUAG